GGAAGGGAAAUAUGGCGGCUCACUGGAGCAGCGAGAAUGUGGUAGUGGAGUUUCGGGACUCGCAGGCAACUGCUAUGUCAGUGGACUGCCAAGGACAGCUUGCUGUACUCUCAGGGCGCCGCUUCUUGUACAUAGUGAAUUUGGAGACCCCCACAGAAGGGCACCGGAAGAUCUCCCGGCAGAGCAAGUGGGACAUUGGUACAGUGCAGUGGAAUCCACAUGAAAGUUCUGCUCACUUUUUUGCUGCUUCAAGUAAUCAACGUGUAGAUUUGUACCAGUGGAGGGACGGCACUGGCGAUAUUGGCUCCUCCUUGCAGGGACACACUAGAGUCAUCAGUGAUCUGGACUGGUCACUAUUUGAGCCAGAUGUCCUAGUAACCAGCUCCAUUGACACAUAUAUCUAUAUUUGGGAUAUUAAGGACACAAGGAAACCAGCUGUGUCUUUGUCUGCAGUAGCUGGAGCAUCUCAAGUAAAAUGGAAUAAAAAGAACUCCAAUUGCCUAGCAACAAGCCAUGAUGGAGAUGUUAGAAUUUGGGAUCGACGGAAGCCCAGCACUGCUGUGGAGUACAUCGCUGCCCACCUGUACAAAAUCCAUGGGUUGGACUGGCACCCAGAUAAUGAGUACAUAUUGGCUACUUCCAGUCAAGAUAACUCUGUAAAGUUUUGGGAUUCGCGGCAGCCUCGCAAGUGUCUUAACGCUCUUGCUUGCCAGGUUCCAGUAUGGAAAGCACGCUAUACGCCUUUUAGCAAUGGUCUGGUGACAGUGAUGGUCCCUCAGCUGCGACGGGAGAACAGCCUUCUGCUGUGGAAUGUGUAUGAUAUGCAUAAUCCUGUACAUAUCUUCGUAGGACAUGAUGAUGUUGUGCUGGAGUUUCAGUGGAGGAAACAAAAGGAAGGGUUGAAAGACUAUCAGCUGGUGACCUGGUCACGGGAUCAGACUCUGCGCAUGUGGCGGGUGGACGCCCAACUGCAGAGGCUAUGUGCUAAUGACAUCGUUGAGCCAGUUGAUGAUCUGAUGGAUGGGCUGUCCUUGAUCCCUGAACAAGAAAAGUCCCUACAACCCCAGGAGCAAAUUCCUGGACCAUCAGAAGAAGAAACUGCUUUUGUUGAGGAGUCGCCUCCUACACCAAUUAUUGUUGGAAACUCUGAGCAGCCAGGACUUCCCCAGACCCUGCAGCAAGAAUUUUCUUUAAUUAAUGUCCAUAUACGCAAUGUUAACAUUGAGAUGGAUGCUAUGAACCGAAGCUGCACGGUUACUGUGCACUGCAGAAAUCACAGGGUGAGGAUGCUGGUCAUGUUUCCUGUUCAGUAUCCCAACAAUGCAGCUCCUUCUUUCCAGUUCGUCACUCCCACAACUAUAUCUUCUGCCAUGAAAGCAAAGCUUCUGAAGAUUCUAAAAGAUACAUCUCUUCAGAAAGUAAAACGCAACCAGAGCUGCCUAGAGCCUUGUCUGCGGCAGUUGGUGUCCUGCUUGGAAAGCUUUGUGAACCAGGAAUCUAGCCCUUCAAGCAGCCCCUAUAAUUUACAGAGUCCUGUAACACCUCCAUUGCCCACCUUUGCCAGGGUCACCAAUGCCUAUGGGUCAUACCAGGAUGCCAACAUCCCAUUUCCUCGAACAUCUGGAGCUCGUUUUUGUGGUGCAGGUUAUCUAGUGUAUUUUACAAGACCUAUGACCAUGCAUCGCGCUGUCUCCCCCACAGAACCCACACCAAGAUCACUCUCAGCACUCUCGGCCUAUCACAGUGGCGUGAUAGCACCAAUGAAAAUUCGCACUGAGGGGCAAGGUAACCUGCGUCUGUACAGUGGGAGCCCCACACGCAGCGAGAAGGAGCAAGUCUCCAUUAGCUCAUUUUAUUACAAGGAAAGGACGUCCCCACUGUCUGCUCGCCGGCGCUGGUCCAUCCAAGUGAUUAACGACUUCCCGAAAUCUCGGAGAUGGAAAUCAAAGCGUGAGACAAGUGACUCAAACUCACGUCCUAUCAAGGCUGCUGGGAAAGUGAUUAUUCAAGAUAUCUCUUGUCUCUUGGCUGUGCACAAGACUCUAGGAGAGAUGUACAUACUGAACUGUGGUGAUCUUCAGGAGAUGUGUCAGAAGAACGCAGCAGCUGCUUUAAGUGUGGGGCGCAGAGAUCUAGUACAGGUUUGGGCGUUGGCAGCUGCUGCUAAUGACAUGUGCUUGAACCCCAAGUAUGAUCCAGAUGUUGAGAUUCCCUGGGCACAUCACCCUUUUGGUCGCCAGCUGCUGGAAUCCCUACUGGCCCAUUACUGCCAACUGCAUGAUGUUCAGACACUGGCCAUGCUGUGCAGUGUUUUUGAUACCCAGUCACAUACCCAUGGAGGCAGCCAGGCAGCCUACCCACAAUUCCCUUCUCGUUCUUCACACUGCCGAUAUCCCAGCUUCACCUCUUCUGGUUCUGGCUCCAGCAUAUCUGAUAUUGGAUUCAGCAACAACGGCUGGAACAUUGGCCUUCAAGAUGGUGAUCACGGAGCUCCAUGGGCAGAAGUAUCACCUGAUGAUUAUAGAUAUGGUGCCAUGACUUAUGUGGAUCCUCGGGAACGUGAGAGAGAGCAACAUGACAAGAACAAAAGAUUGCUGGACCCAGCAAAUGCUCAGCAAUUUGAUGACUUUAAGAAGUGUUAUGGAGAAAUCUUGUACCGCUGGGGUUUGCAGGAGAAACGUGCUGAAGUACUUAAAUUUGUGUCCUGCCCACCUGAACCACAUCGAGGAAUAGAGUUUGGUGUCUACUGCAGCCACUGCCGAAGUGAAGUGCGUGGCACACAAUGUGCCAUCUGUAAGGGUUUCACCUUCCAAUGUGCCAUUUGCCACGUAGCAGUCCGCGGCUCUUCUAAUUUCUGCCUGAGUUGUGGCCACGGAGGACACACAGCACAUAUGCUGGAAUGGUUCAGUACACAGGAAGUCUGUCCAACAGGUUGUGGUUGUCACUGUCUUCUGGAGAGCACCUUCUGAUGGAAUACUUCAGUAUGGCACAAUACAGAUUUGGUUAUAGUUUACUAUGGCCCAUAUAGUAAGGGCUCUCUAUGUUCUGGAUAUUCUCUUCUAACAGGAAAUUAGUGUUCUAUUAAACUCAUAUUGGGUGAACUGAGUAACUACACAUUGAAACUGAGAAUACUCAUUUUGGAUUUCCCUGAGGAUGCCUCUUUGCUGUUGCAGAAUGUUCUAUAUUUACCUCAUGAUCAGAUGGAGGUUUCAUACUGCAUUUGUAAGACUCAGAAAGGAUGAGCAGAAGAUCCCGCCUCCCAUGUAUGGAAGAAUUUUAUAGUAAAUAAGCAACAGAAAACCACAAAUUACCAAAAUAUUGUGUUCAUCUAUUCAGUACAGUCUAAAGGACUACAUUAGAGAAGGUGAUUUUUCCAUUUUCUCUCCUGUAAUGAUAUACACUUUACAUAUUUAUUUUCAACCACAUUUUACCUAUAUGUAUAUAUAAGACUAUGGCAGAGGCAGGAACUUUGCCAUGUUGCAUUUUGUAAGUGUCCUAGUGCCUGUUGCAAAUGCUGUAACCCCAGGUACUAAAAUAUUAACUUGAUAUAAAAAUCAAAUGACCAUGGUCUUUAAGAUUGCACAGCAGAUCUGGGCUGUCAAAUGCAGAAAUUUGUGAAAAUAGUUUUCUGUUAAUAUGCAAAGUUUUGUCUGGUUGUAGUAGCUAUAAUUUUAUCAUUAAUAAUUUCCUCUGUUACUACCUCUUUCUGUCCCACCUUGCCUGUCACAUGCUCUUUAAUGAUGGUUUAUAAAUAAUAUGGAGCAUGGAAACAAAAGGUCCUGACAUUGUGAAUGGGCCACAGGCCCCUGGCUACAAAGGCUCAUGUAAUACUCUAAGAAUAUGUUGCUGCCAGGCUGUAUAGUUUUUAUACUUACAAUGAAGGAUACUGCUUGUUGGGGGCUAUAAUAAUAUGGCAUGCAGAUAGAUGUGACAAACUAGAAAUUAAAUCACUUUGUGCGCUCACCAAAUGCAUUUUUUUCUGCCCCUGAGUAUUCUGUGUCUGUGGUAUACAGAGUACUUGUGUGAAUAUUAAAAUAUUAAUAAAAGAAUUUAUUAAAAUAAA